CCGUGUCGUCGUCGACUAGACAUUUAAUACUUGGAAGUCGAUAAAAAGACACGCCAAGUUCGUCAAACUGGAGUGUUCAACUGCAGCACGAAAUUAAGGCCGGAUCUCUUGGAUUGCAGUACAUGGUACUGUAACGACUUGGAACGAACAAGGACUUUUCUUUUUCUUUUGUAAUGCAAGCAGCAGUAAUGGAGGAAUCGAACCCAAUUGAUAACGUUCAGGCUAAAGAUACCGCGGCGACCUACAACUAUGACGAUCUUUUCCCAGCUCUACCCGAGAGCACAACACCCAUACUUAACAAUGCAGCGCCUAAAAAUAUGAGAGUUGGAAGCUCUGUAGUAACUCAGGUUUUUCAUGUACCUUGUGAAGAACGUAAGACAUCCGAUUCGGAAAAGUUCGGCGAAGGCGAAUCACUUCGUAUUUGCCAGCUCAUCAUGAAGGAUACUGGUGCGCAUAUUGAGAUUUCAAGUGGAAAAGAUCAAUCUCUCACGUUCUUGGUCAAAGGCAAACAAAAUGAAGUAUUAGACGCUCGUCGCAAGAUCCUAGUACACUUUCAAACUCAAGCUAGUAAGCAAGUUGAAAUUCCCAAGGAACACCACCGCGUUAUCUUGGGAAAGAAAGGCGAACGGCUAAGGGAACUAGAAAAGCUGACUGCUACUAAAAUUAACGUUCCAAACAUCAGCGAGGAAAGCGAUACGAUCACUAUCACCGGAACUAAGGAGGGUAUCGAGAAAGCCGAACAUGAAAUCCGUACAAUGUCGGACGAGCAAUCGAAGAAGGCGUUCGAACGGAUCUCCAUUCCUAAGGUCUACCAUCCUUUCAUCCUGGGUCCAUUCAAUGAGAAUUUGAAUAAGAUGAUGGAAGAAACGGGUGCUAAAAUCAAUGUUCCUCCGCAGACCGUUUUCAAAGAUGAAAUUACUAUCACUGGUGAAAAAGACAGUGUACUGGCUGCUAAACGUCGAAUUGAAGACAUUUGCAAAGAAAUGGAGAAGAAGUGCUCAACUGUAAGUGUGGAAGUACCAAAAGGGCAGCAUCGCUACAUCAUCGGACAACGUGGCUCUACAAUUCAAGAGAUUCUGAAAGCCACAGGAGUGUCCGUAGAAAUGCCGCCGUCUGAUACUAACACCGAAACGAUAACGCUGCGUGGUCCUCAAACAGCUAUGGGCAACGCAUUGAAUCUGGUCUACCAUAAGGCUAAUUCAAUGAAGUCCGUUACGAUCCACGUGCCCAACUGGAUUCACAAAUACAUUAUUGGCAAACGGGGAGCGAACAUGAAAGAGUUCGAACAGGACUACCCCAACGUGAAUGUGAAUUGCUUGGGUGACGAGAUCAAGCUCGAGGGUCCACCAGAAACUGUGGAGAAGGCUCAAGCCUACUUAGAAGGGGUAGUGCAUGACUACAACACCAACUAUACGUUUGUCGUGAUCAAGGCUAAUCCUAGUUACUACAAACAUAUCAUUGGCAAGGGUGGUGCAAACAUCAAUCGUUUGAAGGACGACCUUAAAGUAACGAUCAGCAUCGAAGAGAAGGAAGGCCAAAACAAUAUUCGAAUUGAAGGACCGAAGGAAGGCGUUGCCCAGGCUCAAUCUGAGCUUCAAGAACAAAUUGACAAGCUGGAAAACGAGAAGGCUAAGGAUGUGAUCAUUGAUCGCCGCCUGUAUCGGCAAAUUAUUGGCGCCAAAGGUGAGAAAAUUCGUGAAAUCAAAGACCGCUACCGCCAAGUCCAAAUCACGAUUCCGAGCCAAAAUGAAAAUGUCGAUAUUGUGAAAUUGCGUGGACCAAAGGAGGAUGUGGACAAAUGUCAUAAGGAUUUGAUGAAAUUAGUUAAGGAAAUCCAGGAGUCGUCCCAUCGUAUCGAAGUUCCCAUCUUCAAGCAGUUCCAUAAGUUUAUCAUCGGAAAAGGCGGUGCCAGAAUCAAGAAAAUCCGUGAUGAAACUCAGACUAAGAUCGAUCUGCCAGCCGAGGGUGACACGAAUGAAGUAAUUGUUAUAACAGGCAAAAAAGAAAAUGUUCUCGAAGCACGCGAUCGCAUUCAGAAAAUCCAAGAUGAAUUGUCGGACAUUAUUACGGAAGAGGUUCAAAUCCCACCGAAAUUCUAUAACUCUAUUAUCGGUACCGGUGGUAAGCUCAUUUCCGCAAUAAUGGAGGAAUGCGGAGGCGUUUCAAUCAAGUUCCCGCCGUCAGAGUCGAAGAGCGACAAGGUAACCAUUCGCGGCCCCAAGGACGAUGUAGAAAAAGCAAAGGCUCAACUGUUGGAACUUGCCAAUGAACGACAAGCAAUGUCGUUCACAGCCGAAGUGCGUGCCAAGCAACAGCAUCAUCGUUUCCUGAUCGGCAAGAAUGGUGCUUCUAUUCGGAAAAUUCGAGAAGCAACUGGAGCCCGUAUUAUGUUCCCUUCGCCAGAUGACGAAGAUAAAGAGGUCAUCACUAUCAUGGGCAAAGAAGAGAGCGUCCGCGCAGCGAAAGAACAACUUGAAACCAUUAUUAAGGAUAUCGACAAGGUGACUGAGGGCGAGAUUUCAGUUGACCCGAAAUAUCAUAAACACUUUGUCGCCAAACGUGGUGAGAUUUUGCAUCGAAUCGGCGAAGAAUGUGGUGGAGUGAUGAUCUCAUUCCCACGAUCGGGUGUCGAUAGUGACCGAGUCACACUCAAAGGUGCCAAGGAUUGUAUUGAGGCCGCAAAGCAGCGUAUUUUGGAGAUCGUUGCUGACUUAGAAUCGCAGGUUACAAUUGAAUGCAUCAUUCCACAACAACAUCAUAGAACCAUUAUGGGUUCGCGUGGAGCUAAGAUCCAAGCAAUUACAUCGGAGUUUGAUGUUCAAAUCAAAUUCCCAGAUCGUGAGACUGGUGAUGCUCCAGAGGGAAUGGUGAAUGGAGGUGAAGAAGCUGCGCGUCAACGCGAUAUUAUUCGCAUUACGGGACGUCCGGAAAGAUGCGAAGCUGCCAAACAAGCGCUAAUUGAUCUUAUUCCCAUCACUGCAGAAGUGAACGUGCCUUUUGAUUUACAUAGGUCGAUUAUUGGACAAAAGGGCGCCAAUGUACGCGACUUUAUGAAUCGUUACAAUGUUCACGUUGAACUCUCUCCCCCUGAGUUAAAGUUGGACGUGAUCAAAAUAAAGGGAACCCCGGCCAAUGUCGAAGAAGCAAAGGAAGCUCUUAUGAAGCAGGUGGAAGAGUUCGAGGCCGAUCGUAAGGAUCGUGAACUGCGCUCGUUCGAAUUGAAAAUAGACGUGGAUCCUAAAUACCACCCGAAAAUCAUUGGCCGUCGUGGUGCUGUUGUUAAUAAAAUCCGCAACGACUUCAGCGUCAAUAUUUCGUUCCCGAAACGCGACGAUACCGAUGAUCGCACCAUAACGAUCACUGGCUACGAAAAGAAUGCCAACGAAGCCAAGGAGGAGAUCAUGAAAAUGGUCAACGAGCUAAACGAACAAGUUGAAGAGGUAUUCAACGUCGAUCGUCGUGUUCACCCACGCUUGAUCGGACAACGAGGUCGCAGCAUCCGCAAGAUCAUGGAGGACUAUAAGGUGGAUAUUAAGUUCCCGAAAGCAGGCGACGAGAACCCCGACGCUGUAACCAUCAUUGGCAUGGAGGAAGCCGUGCUAGAAGCUAAAGACCACAUCUUGAACUUAGAAGAGGAAUAUCUUCAAGAUGUUGUUGAUACCGUGCCAUCAAACACUAACGAUUUCAGCUCGGUGCUGGAGCAUGCUUUCAACAAGACCGGAAAGAGCGGUUUUGUUGUUCAGGGAGCCCCGUGGGAGUCAGGACAUGGCCGUGGCGCUGGCGGCCGCGGCGGGCGUAGCGGUGACGGUCUACACGCACCGAAUACUCAGUCCCAUGAAGACUUCCCCGAUUUCGGCAUCCCCAAUAACAUUAACAACGAAAACACCCCAAUUUCUUCAGCUUGGGGCCAAAGGCGCUAACACUUAGGCGAAGCGAAGAGUGUUCUUUCCUGUUUGAGAUUGAACUAGGAGAGCAAGAAACACAGGUUCGAAAUCACUUUGUUGCAAUCAUUCAGAUAAACACUUUUGCUAUGUACGUUUUCAAUAAUCGGCCGUCUCUUAUUCUUUACUACAUUUUUACUUAUUUAGAGUUCAGUGCAAUUUCUUCAGUGUAGAAAAUCGAAGAAAAAAACGAACGUUCCGGCGCUCGAGAAUUUAUUUACGCAUAUUUAUAUAAAAGUCAUAUUUUCUUUUCAAAUUUAUUAAUUUGAUAGCCAAAUAAUUGAUUUAAUAAUAUUGAUUAAUAAUAAAUUUUUACACGGCAAGGAAUCAAGUCAACAAAGGUCAAUUAAAUUUGUUUGAAUAUUCAAGUUUAUUCUUUUGAUUUAAUUAAUUUGCUUAUCUAUAUGUCUCUGCAUCGUGUACGAGAAAAGAACGCAAUGCUGAGUUCAAUAACUACUAAAUAAAUUCAGUAUAUAAUAAGUCUCUGCAAGCUCUACAAAAUAUUGAAAUCGUUUCAAGGCUAAUAUUUAGAUUACAUGAAACACAUAGUUUGUAAUAUCAGAAUAGAAUGACGCUCUGUUACAUUUUUCAACAUUUCGGGAUGUAUAUGAUGAGAGAUCAUUGAGCGUGUGAUGAAAAAAAACGGCAGAACGAAACACACAUACACAUGUAAAUUUUCGCACGCUUCUAAUCGUCUCUAAGUUCUGUCUGAGAAGAAAUUGAGAAACCCCAUUGAUUAUCGGAAAUAGAGUUCUCUCGCGACUGAUAAUGCGCUGCUAAUUAACUUUCCCGAGCUUGAAAAAAACGUGAAUAAACAAGUACAUGUAAAAAUCAGACAGAACCCAAGCGAGGAAAAUACUUUUUGGGAGAAAAUAUAGUAAUUGUUAUUGAAUUUAUUUGUUGAGGAUAAUAAAACCAUUUUAAUUUUUUGUAAAUUAUAAUAGUUAUUAAAGGAAAGAAAAUUCUGAUUCAA